AAGAAGAUCGCCAUAAUUACAGGCAGCACCCGCGCUGUCCGCAUCGGCCCCUCAAUCACCAAAUUCGUACAUUCAGUCCUCGAAGCACACCUCUCCACUUCCAAAACCACCAACAUCGAACUCUCCAUCGUGGACAUCGCAACCUUCAACCUCCCCGUCUUCGAUGAAGCAGUAGUCCCUGCUUCCGUGCCCUUCGCUGCCCGUAACAUAUCCUGGUCCACCGAAAUCUCCAAAUACUCCGCCUACAUCCUCAUCACCGCCUGCUACAACCAAGGCCCACCGGGCGGCAUCAAAAACGCCAUCGACUACCUCUACAACGAGAUCAAAGGCAAGCCCUUCCUCAUCAUCUCGUACGGCAUGGAAGGCGGCGAGAAAGCGAGCGAGAGUCUGGCCGUCAGUCUGAAGAGUAUGCAUACGGUGGUCAUGGAGACGAGACCUAUGUUGAGUUUGGUGAGGAAUGAAUCAAUUGAGUUUGGGUUGCCGUUGGACUUGAGGUUGGCGGCUGGGGGAACGCUGGGGGAGGAGAGUUUGAGGAGGUGGGAGGGGGAGAAGAAGGAGGAGGUUUUGAAAGGGUGA